GGAAGGAAACGGCACGGAUAACGAAGUUCGAGCACGACGUCUAUGCGAUUCCGGUACUUAAUAAACCAUCCUCAAGCACGGAAAGUUGUUGCAUCUCCCGAGGAAUCUUCGCUGUCUCUUUUUUCCCCGUGCCUUCCUUUGUGGUAGUUUUAAAAACAACUUCGAAGUGCAAAUUCGUAACAUCAUCGAGAAAAUUAACCUCUGCGGUAUCACGGUAGAUGUCUCAAAGAAAUCUCACGUUCUCAAGAAUACUCAAAACUUGGCGAAAAAUAAAUAUCCGCGAGGAAGGAGAGGGGAGCCGCGAGCGAAGAAAAAGAGGACACAAAGUUCAAAAAACGGCAGAGCGUGAUGGAGAAUACGGGCGGGUGGCUUCCUCGCAAUGGGCCUGGCAAAAUUUGCUAAGCGGCCGAGAGAACAUUGCGAUGAUUAUACGGUUCCGUACGAUGAUGUAAACGAAAAGGAGAACGAGAGAAAGAAAGAGAGAGAAAGAGAGAGAGAGAGAGAGAGAGAGAGAGUGGGAGCAGAAGAAAGAAAAGAAAAGAGGAAAGGAGAUGGGAAAAAAAUAUUCCAUAAAGCGUAAUGAAGGGCUCGCAAAUAUUUAUCUUUGGGUAGGUUGGGUGUUGCGGGAGAAGCGCAAAGAGCCAUGCGAAAACGAUCCAAGCCGGAUGGCCCUUGUCGCGGCACAGAAACGUGGAAAGUUCUCCUGACACGAUUAUGGCGCUCGGUGACCAGAAAUAAUUUCAUUAGUCGCCCCGUAAACUCAUCUAGCAGUUCGUAAAGAAACCAUACGCGUGGGAAAUAUGUACUUAGGCAUAUAUAAUCGUAUACCUGUGGACGCCUGAAGCCCCUACCACGCUCCCACGGGAACUCUAAUCACGGGUACUUAAGUUCCUGUUGCAUAGACGUACACCGAACGAUGCCUGCAUCAGCAACCACAGUUUCGUGCAUGUACACGGUACCACGGCCUGUGUGCUGGAGGGUGAAUGGAAUGAUUCGCGCCACCGAGCACACUUGUUAAUGAGCGAAACGACGGUUUACACGGCUCGACGAGGCCCUCCCGAAGUUAAUGGACGUAUAUCGACGAGGCUCCAGCCGAUGUCGAGGAUCCUUCUUCGACGUGGAUCGCUCCAAAGAUUUAGAAAACCUCGAGAAACUUUGACGCAGCUUAUUUCGUAUCGCCUUAAGCACUCGUCAGAGUUAUAUAAGCCUUUGAUACGUGAAGUAGCAAACAAAAUCGAUGACUCCUUGGACUACGACAAAAUACGAUAUCCGCGCGACACUGAUGUUUCGCAAUCGAUUUACGGGAGUAACAAGUACGAGAGAACGUCGCAAGAAAGGCGUAACAAAAUUUCUGACAAGCCAACGCACCGGUAACGUUUCUUCGAGGUUCGUCGAGGUCGCUGAUGUUAACCGCGGAUAUCCUAAAUUUCGGUUACAUAAGCGUUCUCGCAAAAACACUCUCUCCCUCUGUCCUUCUCUUCUGGCUCUGCUGGAUACCGUCUGGAAGAGACGACCAGGAAGGGAAGACAAGAGAGAGAAAGCAAGUAGGAUUAUGGAGAGAUCCGCAAGUGGGUGCCCGUACAAUCGCACGGUAGAAACUGAGUACAAGGGACAAAGACACGGUAGACACCUUGUGGAUAGAAGGUGAGGGUGAUAGAGGAUACAGGAGAACGUAGAACGUAACGAAAAGAGACGAGAGAGAAACUGAGGAGAGAUCUCGCAAAACAUACACAGCUGAAGCUGACACAUCCUCUGCCAGUCUACUGGCUUUUCUAGAGUAGAGAAGGACGAGCAAAUCUAGACGCUUACUUAGUGACACACGCAGCAUUUUGCUGUCGGAGCUGAAUUCUCUCCCUUUCUCUCUCUCUCUCUCUCUCUCUCGCUCUCUCUCUCUUCAUCUCAAAUCCCGUUCCUUUCUGACCCCCUUUUCCCUUCGUGUUAAGCCUCUAUUUCUCCCCUACCAUCGUUCUCGACGGCAUUGUAUUAAACCGUGGCUCGUGUUGCGGCUUGACAAGAGGGGGCACACCAGUUAUCUUACCCUCGUUCCAUCGUGUUCCCUCCCUAAACGUUUCUCUCUAUUCCUCUUUCAUCCCCGCCCCCCCUCAUAUAUUCUAUUCCAGGAUACGUUGGAUUAUUCACAGAGUAAUUUAAACUACGUAUGACAGACAUUCCAAGUGUUUCAAACUGAUCGAUCGUUCGUGUCCAACUUCUCGAACGUCGCGUUGUCAUUUAUCGCCAGGCCGUCGAAUGUAUUAAUAUCGGCUAUCGUCGACAAUAUCGUCGCCAGUUAUCUAACCGCUUCUAACCGCUCGCGUCUAGCUUUUCGAAAAAUGUAUCGUUCUCGUGAUCAUUCUCGCGAGAGUGACUGCGCAAGAGUAACGCGCGAGAGUUGGAUCGAAUAAAUCGCCGUGCCACGUGUCCUUAAAGUAUCUUGAUAGGCGACGACAAUUUGUCGAAAUACGGAUUUUGACGCGUACAGUUUGUUGGAACCCUUUAUUACACUCGGUGUCCCUGUUCGCCGUCGAUCUGUUCGUUCGUGACCUGUCGCCGAGUUUGAAGACGAGCUCCCUUAACUGUCAGCAACCGCUUUCAACCCUUAUCAGACGCAUCUGAUUCUGACACGCGAUUCGAAUUUUCCGCUUUCCCGCGGCGUCUGGCCGGGGCUCUUUAAAGUCGUAACGUUGCUUAUUACGUGUUCCGGAAUGUCUAACUUGUCAACAUUCAGGAGCACCUAAACCCGUACCUCUUCCAGAAGAACGAACCGGAAGUAACGAUCGUUUGGAGAAGUAUUUUGCGGUAAACGAGAACUCUGCGAGGCAAGAUCUUGCAAAUGUCGUGAAAAUUAACGGUAAGGACGAUUAUUCCUGAGGAAUGGCCGCUGGUAAAUGGGGGGACCGAUUAAAGGGACGAGUCCUCGUGACUUUUUUCAGGCAACACAAACGAUGCACCUUUACGGUGCAACGGUGCGCACAAUAUCUCGAAUUAACGAGGCUCUUCUCGUAUUCCAGGUAUUAUUACGACUCUAAGUAAUGAGACGCGUUUAAGCUCGCCGUUACGCCAGCCAUGCAAAAAUCUUUUGUUUUCGUCCUGAAACGUUUAUCUGCCCGACGCGUAAUGACGUAACGUUGUAAGUUUUUAAUUAACGAUUAAACGAUAUGCAUCACGGGCCAAUGAGUCAGUUCUUUCGUUCUUUAUUCCCUUUCUCUCGUUUCUUCUCUCUCUUUCUCUUUCUCUCUCUCUCUCUAUCUAUUUAUCUGUCUAUAUAUAUCUAUCUAUUUUUCUCUAUAUGUCCAUUUUCUCUUUUUUUUUUUUUUUUUUGGAAAAUUACGAGAACGAAGCUACACGGUGUAACUGGUCUAUGGGACGUGAAAUCUAUGUCACAUGAUCGUCGUUACGUAUGUAUAUGGUCACGAUAUUGUUACGCAGGCAAAAUCGACUAACACGAAAAAGUAGCAUAGUUUUCGCGAAAACAGAUGACAUUUUUCUCGGUUGGAACUUUUCUUUAGAAAUGGUUGACCAAUUUUUCUUCGGCCCCAGCGACCGCAUCAUUCCGUACGCUGAACCGAGCCAUUCUCUUGACGGCGAGGCAGAAGCGUACAUCGAAGCUAAUGGCGCGACUCUCGGUGAUUCGUCUCCACCCGACCCUUUUCCCUUCUAUGUUUUUUUCCCUUUUCUUAUUAUUGCUUUCUCGACCGACUCAUAAUUUACACGUAAAUUUCGAAACCAUCCGGCGAGAACCAUCUCGUUCUUUCCUUCCUUUUUUUUCCGGGGACAAUCACCUUUUUUGUUUAUCGUUUGUUUUUCGAGGAAUUCUAUUCGCGCGAAGAAUCGAAGAACUAUUUAAAUUCUCCAUCUAUCAUGCAGGUUGGCUAAAAGUUUCCAACCGGAAUGCAUAUUUAUUACGUUGCGGAGAUGAACGAUGCUUAAAAAUUUGAUGCACAGACAAAUAUAGACUUAUCUUGUCAAAUUAUUUACGAAAGAAUACUACUACUUAAUAUUUAUAACAGUCACUGUAAUAUAGAUAUGGAGACGUAUCGUAUAUAUUAUACGAUGACCUUGAAGCAAUUGCCUCUUACCACUCGCUAAAGAGAUAAGGUAAUAGAUUCCAUGAAACGCUCCAUAGCCUCUGAAUGACGCUUUUAUGUUUCACGCGAUGCGAUGUAUAAAAAUAUCUAUCACUAGUCGAAGCCGGCUUUGCAUUAUUUCUCCGGCAAGCCGUGCGAGAAACACGCGACCGAUGUACAAGCGGUUCACUUAUUUAUCGUGGCCCCAAGCAAACUGAUCGUGAAACAUGUUGUGAAUUUUUCACGGGGAAGAUCGUUCUCUAGCCUCUUCUCCCGCCCUCCAGUCUGCUAGAUCCCUUUAGAAAUUUCUACAAAAGGCGUAACACCAGCAACCUCGAUUCUCGUUUAAAAAAUUGAAAGACUAUUUCUCGUGGCUCGAGUGUAUUCUCGAAAUACGUUGGUACAACGGUGUUGUACAAGAUGUUGUCUAUGUUGUUGGCGCUUUUACUCUUUCGUCAAUUCUCGCCCGCCAUUGGAUUCAACAUCCUCGGAAUUUGUCCCAGCGCGAGCUACAGUCACCAGCAACCCUUUCAAGCAUUGAUGAAAGCUUUGGCGGCUCGUGGACACAACGUUACCGUGAUAUCAACCAUUCCGUCAAAGCAGGCGAUCAAGAACUACGAAGACGUCGAUCUGUCGUUUUCCUAUCGGAAGAGUGACUGCACCGGGCUAAGGCACAUGGGAGCGUUCACCCUUCUGCGGAAGAACAUGCGAGAGGCGAACGAGCUUUGCGAGGAGCAACUGUUCAGCCCAGCCAUCGAGCACCUAAUUUCGAGGAAUAAGAGCUUCGACGCGGUUGUUAUAGAACAGUUGUGGUACCAAUGCUACUACGCCCUCGUCAAGCAUUACAAUUCACCGGUUCUAAUCGGAUUCCUUAGCGUUGGAAACCUACCAUACGUUAUGGACUCCGUUGGAAAUCCCGACGACCCGCUGUUGAACCCCGACAUGGCAUAUCCAUUCACGAAUAAAAUGAGCCUGAACGAGCGUAUCUGGAACAUCGUCUAUACAACGUGGACCAGAAUGUACUAUAAAUACUGGCAUUUACCAAGGGCUCAGGAGAUCGUUAACAAGUGGAUGCCUGACGUUUCGAUCGAGGACAUCGACAGAAACUUCAGUCUAGUGAUAUUGGGAAACAAUCACGUAUUCGGAUAUCCGAAACCGCUGCUGCCAAAUGUAAUCGAGGUUCACAGUCUCCAGAUCACGGAGAAAAGGGAAACCUUGCCCAAGGACAUCGAAGAAUUCCUAGACAAGGCGGAGCACGGGGCGAUCUAUUUCUCCCUAGGCUCGAAUCUGCAAACUCAUCAGUUGCCAGUCGGCCCUUUGACCGCAUUGUGUAACGCGCUCAGCUCGCUCAGGCAAAGAGUUCUAUGGAAACACUCCGGAGACAUGGCCAUUCAUCCAGCCAACAUCAAAUUUGUGAAGUGGGCACCCCAGCAAGCGAUUCUCGCACAUCCGAAACUGAUGGUCUACGUGAUGCAAGGUGGAUUGCAGUCGUUGCAAGAGGCGGUGUACUAUUCCGUGCCGGUAGUUGCCAUUCCCUUUUUCGGGGAUCAACUUUUCAACGCGCGUAAAAUUCUGGAUGCUGGUAUCGGGCUUACGUUGAACAUUGAUACCAUCACCGAAGAGUCCGUCGUCCGGACUUUGACCGAAGUUAUAGAGAAUAAAACAUACUACAACAAUAUCAAAGAGAUGUCGGAGAUUGCAAAAGAUGAAUUGAUAAAGCCAAUGGACCGAGCUAUAUGGAAUGUGGAGCACGUGAUCAAAUUUUCCAAAUCGAAACAUUUGCGUUACUACGGCCAUGAUAUAUCGUUGAUAGAUUACUAUGGAACUAUAGCGAUCCUUAUCCUGCCCUUAUUUUUGAUAAUAUGCUACGCUUGUUUCGUGAUUAGUAAUUUGAAAGACAAGAGAAAACGUUCUUCAUUCGAUUAUAUGAAAGAUCGAAUUAAAUUCUUUGCAAGAUCAAAAGUGGAAUAGUUAGGAUAUCUUUGACAAGGCAAGAUAAUUUUAAGUUCACUAUUAUGUAAUAAAUUUGAUUCAAUAAUGUUCCAUCAUGGCUAAAUUUUCAAAUAAACAUUGUUAAAAUACUUUGUAAUAGUUACACUUUAUUCACCGUUGUUAAAACAUUUGAAAGAUCUCGUUUUAUGAUUCGUAACUUUUAGAGUACCAUCGAUUAUUAACUAGGAGAAUAGAAUUACCAUUGUACGGAAACUUUAAACUGUAAUAUCGACCGUCGAUUAGACAUCAGUCCAAGACGACAGUUACGUUGAUCGAUUCUGUUCAGAAGAUUGGUCAUUAAUUGUAUUUUUGUAAAUACGAAAGAACCAUUUGAAAUAAACUUUGUCGACAGUUGGAUGCAAUACACGAAGGAUAAAAGAUAAAACGUCAUUAAAAUUGAAAGAAAAUCAUUAAGAAAUCAUUUCAAUAAAAAAAUAUUUACGUCUUUCCAAAUAAUCAAUCACUUUUGUUUUUUAAUUAACGAUAAUUUAAACAAAAUACAAAAAAUUAAAUAAAUUGAAGAACGGUAUAUAAAU